AUGUCCAGCGAAGUCGAGGAACUGCUGGCGCGACACCAGCGCAAGUUUGCCGUGUACGAGGAGUUUCUUCGCACCGACAAGACCCCGCCGCCGCCGCCUAGGUCGCCGAGCCCACAGCAACGAGAGCAGCUGCGGCAGCACCGGACAACCCCAAGUGAAACUGUGCCGGCUACCCACAAUGCCGGUGGGCGUGAUGUUGAUUACGUCAGUGGUGUGAGCGCUGGCGACCACGACGAAGAACGCGUAGGAAGAUCGCGUGAUAGAGGCGGACAUGCAAGUCCAGCUGCGCGCGCGCCAAAGACGACGAUGGCGUCCGCGACGUCGGUAGCUGAUGUGGUUCAAGCCACCGCAGUGCAUGGAAGCCCGGUGGGGCCCACCCGCUCGUAUGCGAGCGUUCAAGCUGGUAUGCCGCCGUCGUUGCAGCGGCGCACCACCUCGCGGUCGCCGUUCCACGUGCAUACCACUGCGGCGGCGGCGUCGGCAGCUCGUCAUCGCACUUCCGCUGGCGAGCUCGAUGACAUCGACUACCUUAUCGGUGAGCGGCUGCGCUCGGCGGGGCGGUACCGGCUAGCGUCGACGCCGGACGCCACAUGCAUCAAGUCGCAGGCGUGGGCGCUGCGGCGCGAUCAGGUAAAAGAAGCGUUGUGCCGUGAGCAGGAAGAUGCGAAGCUCAGGGAAUGCACGUUUCGGCCACAGCCUGGGCCCGCGGCGAUGGAGAGCACACGUGAUGCGGCAGCCGUAUCGAACGGUAGUGGCGGCCACAGCCCCGACGUCGGGGCGGUGGAAGUUUCCGUGACCGAGGACCCUGGCGUCUCGCAGCAUCUUGCACGGUUAGAGAAGGCGCGCCGGCGCCGCCGGGAGACAGAGGCGCGCCUUAACGGCAGCAACGCACAUCACUGGACAAGUCGGCCCACAGUGCCACACGAGUUUCAACUAGGACUCCGAGUUGCCGAGUCGAUUCCGUCACUGCGCAAGCCCUACAUGCCGAUUACCAGCCUUGGCGGUGACCGCGGUACUGCCACCUUGUUGCAGAGACAUGAGCGAGAAGAGAUCGUGAAGCGCGCGUCAGCUGCGCAGAGGCAACAGUCCUUCCCGUCGGCGCCUCCCUCGCAUGCCGGGGACCGUCGCGGCAGCGGCGCGCGGUCGCCGUUGCCCACCACGACGGAUGCGGCGAAGCGUCCGAUGAACGGCGAGCAGAAGCGGCCGCGACGGCAAGAGGGCUUACCGCGGACGAGGCAGCGACUCUUUUUCUCGACGACGCUAAUACCGGAUGUGGUACACGGCGAGGCAUCUGCUCUGGAGCCCCAGCGCUCGUGCCUCGACGUGGGCGCACGAGACAUGGUGUGUCGUCUAACGGACCAGCUGGCUCACAAGGAUGCGGUCAUUCAAAAGCAAGUAGAAGACCUGGAGCGGCUGCACCGCGAGCUGGAUGCGGCGAUGGAGACGCUACAGCAGAUAGCAUCUCUUGGAGCUUCAUGCUGA